AUGAUCGCCGCCAACGAGCUCUCGGGCCGCGUCGGGAACUGGCCCCUGCUGCUUGUUACGGCUCUCCUCAUAUAUCUUGGCACAUUGAGCUACCGUUCAUGGCACCGUCUCAGACACGUCCCUGGGCCACCAGGUGCCGCCUUCAGCAAGUGGUGGAUGCUACGUAACACACUGGGUGGGCAGAUGCAUCUCGCUCUCAAGCGAGCCUGCGAUGAAUAUGGUCCUGUCGUCCGCAUCGGCCCCAACGACUUGGUAACCAAUGACUCGGAACUCCUCCGUCGCAUGUGGGCGGUCCGCUCGCCAUACUGCAAAGGCGCCUUCUAUGAGGCCAUCAGGUUCGACCCUACCAGAGAUAACCUCAUAUCCAUGAGGGAUGAUCACGAGCACAAUGAGCUGCGAGCCAAAAUGGCCAUCGGCUACUCGGGCAAGGAGAACGAAGGCUUGGAAGCCACUAUCGACAGACAGAUACAGGCCUUCAUCAGACUCAUCGAGGACCGAUAUGUCUCAACGACCGGCUCUUUCCGUCCCGUGGAUCUGUGCAGAAAGGUCCAAUACCUCACGCUGGAUGUCAUCACAUCGCUGGCUUUUGGCUACCACUUUGGUUACGUCGAGCAAGACGCCGACAUCCACCAGUAUAUCAAGAUGACAGAGCAGAGCAUGCCGGUCAUGAUGACGCUAUCCGUAUUCCCACAAUUGGCAAAGCUGUUGCAGUCACCCCUAUUCCGGCGCGCCAUGCCGUCGCAGCAUGAUCGUGUGGGUUUCGGCAAGUUCAUUGCGUGA